AUGGAGCCAAGUUUUAUUGUUGUAAAAGAAGCUAAUGGUCCAUUAAAACCACCAAGAGGAGUUACACGAUACCCUAAUUUCGGAAUGAAUGCCUACGAAAUUUGUUGGCAAAUCAAUCUUAAAAACAUUUACAAUAACAAUAACUUUUCAAGGUCAAAAUUUGAAAAAAUGUUUUCAUGUGUGAUCACAAAAAAUGUUCUGCAAAUUAUUCGAUCUACAAGUCAUCCGCGGGAGAUCUACAGGGGUCGUUAUUUAGUGUUAAGAUUAGAGAUGACGGUAAAUAGUACUAGUCAUAAUUAUCAACAUACAAAAGCAAGUUAUCAAUUUAUACAUAAUAUACAUAAUAAUUAUCUUAAAGAAAUGAAUGAAACGCAAGAAACAUUAAAAUUUAAAAUUAAAGAGCAGGGUGAAAAAAUCCGAUUAUUAAAAACUCAAGAUGUUGAUAAAACUUUAAUAGAUACAGAAUUGGAAGUUUUGUCUGAUUUAAAAAAUCAAUUAUCUUCUUUAGCUGGAGAGAGUUCUAAAAAUAAAAAUAAACAUGCUUUUACACUUAAAACACCAAAGGGUACAAGAGAUUAUAAUGAAAAAGAAAUACAUUUAUAG